AUGAGUAAGGAACCUUGUGAAUCCGAGCCUACAUUUUCUCUUGUAGAAAACAAUGAGAAUCCUGAAAACGAUGAUAAUGAUAAUCUAAUUGAAAUGCCACAAAAUAAUGAUGUAGAAAUUCCAAAAAGUGUACAUGUUGCUCUAGAAAUUCCAAAGUGGAGGGAAGUUGUACUUGAGGAGAUGAAAGCUCUUGAAAAGAACAAAACUUGGAGUGUUACGUCACUAGCAGAUGGCAAGAAGACAGUUGGAUGUAAAUGGGUGUUUACUGUGAAGUAUAAUUCAGAUGGGUCAAUUGAAAGAGACGAUAUAGUGGAAAUGGCAAUAGUAAAAGAGAAAUUGGAAGUAGACUUUGAUAUCAAGGACCUGGGAUUCAUGAGAUAUUUUCUAGGUAUGGAGGUUGCUCGGUCAAAAAAUGAUAUUGUGGUUUCACAGCAGAAAUACAUUAUAGACUUGUUGAAAGAAACAGGAAUGAGUGGAUGUCGUCCUGCAGACACCCUUAUGGAUCCUAAGGCUAAACUUUGGGGAGAAGGUAAUGUUUUUAUUGAUACUGGGAGAUAUCAAAGAUUGGUUGGGAAACUGAUUUAUUUGUCACACAUCCGACCUGAUAUUGCUUUCUCAGUUAGUGUAAUGAGUCAUUUUAUGCAUUCUCCUUUCGAGGAACAUCUUGAGGCAGUCUAUAGGAUACUGAGAUAUUUGAAGGGAAAUCCUGGAAAAGGAUUAUUUUUUAAAAAGACUAGUGAAAAAAAUGUGUCUAUCUUCACAAAUGCCGAUUGGGCAGGUUCAAUCACAGAUAGAAGAUCAACCUCUGGAUAUUGUACCUAUGCUUGGGGUAAUCUCGUGACAUGGAGAAGCAAGAAACAAGGAGUUGUAGCAAGGAGUAGUGCAUAG